GCAGCUAAAGGAAAGAUAAUUUAUUCAAUUUCAUUUGCAAAUAAUCCAUUUCAAUUUGCAAUACAUCAUGAUUUUACACUCAGGCACUUAUUUUAUAAACAACUACAGCCCCCCACAGCAACCUAUUGUGACAUACGUAUGUUUUUUUAGUGUUUAAAAGUACAUAUUUUACUAGUGUAAUAAUGGAUAUGAGAGGAAUAUCCGAAACAGAGUACAGCACCGUGUUUUGCAACAAAGGGAGGCGGGAACAAGUUUGUUCAACGGAACUGUAGCGCGGAGAGCGCGUGUUUCCGGGGGACUGUAAAGUUGUAACACUCGCCGCGUGCGUCCGCCAUCCGGUGGAUGCAAUGAUAUUUAGAAAGCCAUAGCAGGGAGUCACGAUGGACGGCGUGGAGGAGAAGUUUGCCGCGCUGUCUGUGGCCCAUCGCCUGCAGCCCAGUGAGCCCACGUACCUGCUGGACUUGGCGCUUUGCGCCGAUUCGACUUCGGGGGAUGGGCCGGUGGCCGUGUCCUGCUCGAACCGCUCGGUGCGGCUGCACAGCCCGGACAACCUGGCUCUGCUCGGCGAGCUCCGCGGGCACACGGGGGCGCUGUGCGGCGUACGCUUUGCCCACGCCUCCCCGAACCUGUUGUUCUCGGGCUCCGCCGACGGCACUCUGCGGUCCUGGGACACGCGCUCGCCGGUCUCGCGGCCCGUUCAGGUGUUCCAGAGCGCUCCCUCCUACCCCCUGUGCUGCUUCGACGUGAGCUGCAGCGACGCGGUGCUGUGCGCCGGAACAGAACAGCAGGGCGAGGACAGUUUCCUCCUCUUCUGGGAUGCGCGAAUGUUGAAGGGCGGUGCCGGUGGGGUGCUGGGCGUGUACUCCGAGUCCCACAGCGAUGACAUCACGCAAGUGCGCUUUCACCCACGAAACCCAGACCGUCUGGCUUCAGGCUCCACCGACGGCCUGGUCAACGUGUUCGACCUUAGCUGCGGGUCCGAGGAGGAGGCCCUUCUGGCCACGUGCAACUCCAGCUCGUCCGUGAGUACCGUGUGCUGGGCAGGCAAGGGGUACGAGAGACUGCUGUGCCUGAGUCACGACGAAGGUCUCCACCUGUGGGAUUUGGGCCAGCUGGACACAGAGGAGCCUCUCACUAUCCUCAGUGUUGCUGAUGCUCGUGGCUCCGCUGCUCUCCCCUCUGGGGCAGCCCUGGAUUACUUUGUGGGCGGAGCCUGGUCAGAAGUAGAGGAGAAGCUCCUCGUGGUGGGUGGGACGAGGCGCGGGGAGCUCAGCCUCCUGAAGUGCGGUGACCAAGGUCUACAGCUGCUGAAGACGCUGCAGGGUGGUCACUCCGCCACUGUGCGCUGCUUCCUCUGGGACUCCGCAGAAGGUGUUUUGAUCACUGGAGGGGAGGAUGCCCAGCUGCUUCUGUGGAAGCCGGGCGCAGAGGAACUCUCUUCUGAAAAGAGGAGUACCAUGAAAAGCGCGUCCGCCCUACAGCUCAAAACCCGGCGCCAUUUAAAGCACGGCAGCAGGAAAGGAGGAGGAGGGGGUCAAGAGCAGCGCUAGCAAAACUAAGAAGUGACAAGUGUGGGGUUGAUAUUUCCUAGAGACUGAGCUGAUGUCAACAUACGUAAACUUUUGUGCAUUAAUGUAUCGCGAGAAUUCAAGAGAAAAGGUGGUUACAGUGAUGCCUAGUAGCUAUUAGUGAGCGGGGAAAACAGGCCUCCUGCUUCUAAUAGAGGAGAGACUUUCGAAGGAAAUGGCAGGUACUGCACAGGGGCUGUGGGUUCCAGACUCUUGUUUUUUCUCCCAUUAUUCAGUAAUAGUCUGCAGGGUGCUUUUCCAAACCUACUACUGUUUCACAGAAUCUUGAUCUUCUGCUAUAAAUGUACAAAAUGUGGUCCUACAGGACAGUUUUAAGCCUUUUUUUUUUUUUUUUCUUCUUUUUUUUGGGGAAAUAUUAAAUACUGAGCUUCCUGUUGUUCCACUGGCAGUAUUGUGCCAUGAGAUGCGAUAUUAAUGUUUCAUGAGAGUUUAAAGGCUGUGUUUUGUUGUGGAUUUUGAUCUCAGUGAUUCUAAUUCUGCACUCAUUAAGAGCGUAGGCAACACAGGAGGAAUACAGAUGUAAUGACAUUUAAUGACCAUCUGAUGGAUUGUGAUCAAAAAGACACUAAAUUGAGCCUGGUUUUCAUGGUUCAUGGAACAUCAUCAUCAUCAAAGCUUGAUUACGAACUGUCCACAAGGACUUGGGUUCUGUUAUGGGUCACAGAUGAAUACAGUUGUGAGGGUAGCUACAUCUGACAGCCUGUGGUUAUAUAGAUUCUGUUAUGUGAUCUGCACACAACUGUUUUUUAAUAAAUAAUCUUACAUGAUUGAGACCUGUGCUCUGUGGAUUUUUCUAAGAUUAUUAUUUGAAAUGCUUAAACUCCUGUUUGGUACUCAAGUGUUUGGAACCAUGCUUGUUCUGAUGUUUCUGUGCGACAUGUACUCUCUUUUUCUGUUUUCAUGCACUCUAAAGUUUUACAUUUUUUAUUUUUCUAGUUUUUUUUCUUUUUCCUUUUCUCAAAACACCAGUCCAUUCUGAAUUGUUGCUGACAUUUGGGUAUUAGCUGAGUACCAGGAGGUGACUCUCUAACCCCAUUAGGUGGAAGCGCAGCACCGAUGUUGGCCAGUUGCACGGUGCACCACCUUUUUUGCCCUGUUCCACCUAAAUUAACCGCUCUUCACAGUGAGUAUGACCGCACAACACUGCUUAGACAUUUUGUCCAAAGUGGACCCCACAUUGCUUAACAAGAACAUAAACCUGCCAAGUUGAGCUCAACUUCUGUAACCUUGAGAAUUGCACUUAACCUGAAUUGCUGCAGAUG